CUUUGAGGAGUAUGUUUAAGUUCCAAUUUUAUGUGGGAUAUAUGGCCCAUCAUUUUCCCAAAUACCACUCUUUAUUUAACAAGUGGAGAAGGAAGCCCAUAGGAUUUUAAAAGCAAAAAUGAAAAGUGAAUAAAACGAAAAAACAAAUAAACGAUAUAAAACAAAUAAAACGAAAAUUAAGACAGUUUAUUAAAAAAAAAGAUGGAUAAUUUAUACUCAGAAAAAUCUUUAUUCAAUUUGGAGACACAAAAUUCUAGUACAUGAUGGUAAAUGUGGACUGUGCGAGCUGUGGAAAAGAAUAUAAUCAAACAACAAAAAGAAACGAUAGAACUGAGUAUUUCAACUGUAUAAGAGGUGUUCUAUGAGUUUGAAAUUUCUGAGCUUGUGUGACGAAUGUGGAAAGGUUUUAUCGAAAAAAAGUAAUAGCGACUUAAAACAGUUUAAAUAUCUUUGGGCCAGCACCUGACUUUUUGUUAUUUUUUAACGAAAAGAUUUCAGUAAUCUUUUCACUUGUACUCAGUAGAACUCUAGUUAUGUAGGUAUUUGUUCUCAAUAAAAAAUAUCGCCACUCCACCUUUUUUUUCUCCCUGAAUCCCUAUCUUUUACGAGUAUAGUGGUAAUUGAUGGUGGAAUUAUGUAGGUUUGUGACCAAUUACGACGCACACAAUUCAAUGAGUUCAAUCCUAUAUCCAAAUUCCGUCUCGAACAAAAGUUUAUCGUUAUCACGAUUAGAUACUAUGGUAUCAAUCACCUUGCGCAAUUAAAAUUUACCGUAUUUUUAUCAAAAACAAAAAAUUAUCGGAGCAACGUGACACGUUUUUCCCACCAAUCAUGUCUCGCCUUCAUUCCCUCAAUGAACAAUUCAUUGAAGAAACGAAAAACUGUAAUUGAAUGGAAGAGCGUAUGACAGGUUCCGGUGCAGAUGGUUGGGUACUUCCGGUCUCUUAUGUCCCAGAUGUGCUAUUCAUUGGUGGCUUUAGGCUUUUGAUCACACCGAGUUAUUAAUUAAUGGUUACUUGUGGUGAGAGUUACCAGCAAUUUUCCUAUUGUUAAUUAAAUUCAAUUCAAUUAAAAAACCAACCAAUCACAACUCGUUGUCAUUUUCUCAAUGGGCAAUUCAUUGAGGAAUGGAAAAUUGGAAAUGAAUGGAGGAGCGUGACAGGUUCCGGUGCAGAUGUUGGUACUUCCGGUCUGGUGACCACUAGCUUUGUCGUAGGUUUUGGGUACCACUGUAAGAUUAUGUGAGGUUUUGGCCGUUUCCUCCUGGAAGUGGGUGCGCCGGCGGCCCGUGGGGUGGGUUCCGGUGGCGAUGUUGUCCAACUUCCGUUCGAGUAGGUCGCGUUGAAGUGUGCAGAUGCGAAUUCUCACUCAUUCAUCGUUUUGUCAGUCGUUCUAAUUCCGUAUAUGUAUGCGUCGAGGUUGUUUCUGUGGAUGAAUGAAUGGCGCGUUGUCGGAGCGAGCGGGAGGGGGGCCAAGGCGAGGCCUGGGCCUGCGCUGUGGGCGCCCCGAGUCCGCUUCUCGCAGAGUGCCCAAGGUGUCGAUCGACAGAACAAGUCCGCGUGGAAUCGCCGAUUUCCAGUGAAGUGUGUCCAGGUUUUGCAGUGCUAAGGGCUAGUGAGGGUGUCGAGUGCGGCGAGUGCCGAGCACACAACAUGGCCGCCGCUUAGGUGCCGCCUCCAGUGCAGUGAGUGCCACCCCCGUGCAGUGUGCUCUGUUUGCCCCAGGUGCCGACGCCCCAGCGGACACGCCGGGAUCACUACCGCAGAUUCAUCAGAGACUAAAACUGGAAGCCCAGGGCUUGGAGUGUUGGCCGCGGACGUUCCAUCAGGCAUGUGAAGAAGGUGCUAGCGAUGAGGGACCUAGGAGGCGCCUGGCACGGCCGCUAGAUCCCCAAGCCCUAUGGCUCAAUAUGGUGGCCCAGCCUCCCCUGCGCGCGUGCACCGCCCGCGGGCGCCCAUCAUGAGCGCCCCCGCGCCGCUGACCGCCCCUUUAACCCCGCUGCGGCCGCAACCGCCGGUAACGCUCGCCGCUCCCCGUCCGGAAAAUGAGCGUGCAAGUAACGAGUACGUGGAGACCCCGUUCCGGUCCUGCAAGCCCCCGUCGCCGCCUCCGCCGCCCCCGCAGCCGCCGCGCUCGCGGCCCGCGCGGCUGCCUCUGCCGCCGCCGGCGCCCGUCACCAAGCAGCCCGCCGCCUCGUUCGCCAAGCAGCCGGCGGGGGCGGCGGCCGAGUGCACGUCGCGGCCCUCCAUCGUGUGCCCCCAGUGCAGCCGCUGCCGCUGCGACUCCUGUCAGCAGCCCCGACCGCUGCCCCAGUGCUGGCUCUGCGACGACGGCUGCCUGCUCUCCGCCGACUCCGUCGUGGACUACGCCUCCUGCCUCUGCUGCGUCAAGGCGCUCUUCUACCACUGCUCGGAGGCGGACGGCGAGUCCUGCGCCGACGACCCCUGCGGCUGCGGCCCCGACCGCCGGCGCGCCCGCUGGGGCUGUCUGGGGGCCCUCUCCUUCGUCUUGCCCUGUCUUUGGCUCUACUGGCCGCUGCGGGGCUGCAAACACGUCGUCGAGAAGUGCUACGCGAGGCAUUCGAGGACCGGCUGCCGAUGCCGUCCUCCGAACGCCACUCCCGAGAAAAGACUACUGGACUCGACACCGGACUUUUAACAUUUAUUAUUGUGACAAAAGUGUAUUACGGACGGACGACGAGAUCCGAAGACGACUCGUCACGACUGCCUAAUGUGUACCUAUACUAUACUUUAUAAUUAAUUUAUUUUUCUCUCUUUUUUGUAAAUACCCAAGUGUAACAAACUGAACUUUGAUAUUCCGUGCUUGUCCGAGUGGCCCCCGACAGGAAGAAAAGUGCGUGCGGUUGUAGUGGAAUGAUGUGCUUCAAAUACAUUGUGGAAUAGGGGGGCACCGGAAACACCGCGGCUCUCCAGUAUUAUCUAGUCCUGCGCUCUAAGAUAGCCAGUCAAAUUAGACAACAAAGUGCUAUACUCAAGAAUACACUAAACAAAUUUUCACAACUUGUUUCAUUGCGAUUUUUCAUAGCAAAUUUGACCGUCCAACAAUUAGAAAUCUUGUUUUGGACACUAAUCUGAUUGGCCUAAAGUUGUGCUCGUUCCAAGCAGUGUGCCUUCUCCAAUUCGUACAUAAUCGUCACCCCUUACUUAGUCAGACCCGUUCGAAUGCAGGCACUUCUGUGAAGUGGCCUUUAGCAGCCCGAAUGGGUUUCUCCGAGAAGCACACUUUUUGGAAGAGCAGUCGUCGUGUGAGUGUGCCUGUAUGUUUGCUGAUGUACGCAUCAACAACACACCUGCAAAACCUGUGCUUAAACCACCCCUUAACCAUUCGACUUUCUACAGUAUUACAUCCUUUUCUCUUUUUCAUUCUGACGAAAUCUUGACCGCUUUCGACGAAAGAACGCGGUUUAAUCACAGGUCCGUGGGCGGUAUUGAACAUAACAAAAGAUUUACAAGUAGUUUGUACGUAUAUAACAACUUACAAUAAAAAAUUAAUCGUGUUAUGAGAGGUUAUGAAGAGUCGCGUUGACACCGCGAAAGCCCAGACAUUCGGCUUUUUACAUGCUGUAUUUCAAAUUUAUUUUGUAUUAUGCGUUUGUCUGGGUCUGUGAUAAGAAAAAUGAGAUAAACUCGACUCGUCAAUGCGCUCUUUAUUCGCGCAAUCGUUUCGUAAUGGUAAACAUACAUCAUAAGAGUUAUCGUUCUUUGCUUUGUAAUACCCAACAUUGCCCAUUUAAUAGUUUCAACGAAAUUUAGGAAAAGCAGAUUGCGCCGGUGUGUAUCGUACGUAAAGUAAACUACAAACAACUUUACCAAAACUAAUCACUCGGUGCUUCCGGUCUUCGGCAUUAAAUGCGCCGGAAGUCUCCGUGAUUUGUUUUCGUAAAAAGUUACGUCAUUUGGGGGGAGAUACUCUCACUUUGAGUGCCAAAAAGCCUCAAACUGUAUAGUUACUGUACAUAUUACAAAUUAGUAAUUUUAUAAAGGUAUAUAAUUAGACCGCUGGAUCCGCAUUAUUGUAUUGAAAAAGUGCAGCUGUAUGGGUAUUCCGGUCCAAAGUCCGAUUUUACCCAACUAAUAGCAAGCAAAUUCGCCGGAAAUCACGUACAGUUCCACCUUUUACGGACCGUCCGACGAUCUAAUGAUAUAAAGUAAGACAAAGUCGUUGUUAUUCUCUAAUGUUGUUAAUAACAACAGAUCAUCGAAGUUA